GAAUUGGUGACCCUCAAGGACGUGGCCAUGGACUUCACCUUGGAAGAUUGGGAACAGCUGGUGCUGGACGAAAGGGACCUGUUCUGGGACACAGCACUGGACAAUUACCAGAACCUCUUCCUGCUGAAUCCCACCAGAUCCAACGUGACCUCCCACCCUGGUGACGGGGAAGAGCUGGAGGCGCUGGGAAAUGAAAGUCCCAAAGCGAUGGACCCUGACACAACUGAGUCUAAGCACUCUCCUCUUAAGCAGGACUUCUUGGAAGAAGGACUAUCUCAGGAGAUAAUGGAGACCUUUUCAAAGGAUGGCCUCUGGUACUCCAGUUUAGGAGAAGCCUGUAUUGGUGACAGCUGGUUAGAUAAUUUGCUAGAAGAUCCUGAAAGUCUUCUGAGGUCUGACUUCGUCACCAACAAGGAAAGCCCCACAAAGUGCAAUAGCCCAGAACUCAAGAGAGGCGUUAGUCCUGGGUCCAUCCUCCUCACAAAAGAGGAUUCCACAGUGUCUGAUCUUCCUGAAGAGAGCCUCACACCAGCAAAACCUCCAGAAUUUAAGAAUGGCAUUGGCUACAACUCAGACCAGCACCAACAGGAUAAUACAAUCCAGAACAGUGAAAAACCUUAUAAAUGUGGUGAAUGUAGGGAGACUUUCAGUCAGAGUUACCACCUUAUCCAGCACUGGAUCAUUCACACUAACGAGAAACCCAGCACUGUGGAUCAGGAGUAUGAACAAGGUUUCAACCAGCUUUGUGGGCAGCAAGUGACUCACUCAGUCUGCAAGUCUUAUAUGUGCAAUGUGUGUGGUAAAACUUUUAGUCAGAAUACACACCUCCUGUGGCAUCAGAAACUUCACACUGGAGAAAACCUGUGUAAGAAUCAAGGUAGUGACCAUGCAGUCAGUCACAGUACACAGCUUGUUCAGCGUCAGAACAAGCCCCCAGCUGGUAGGUCCUACAAAUGUAACGAGUGUGGCAAGACUUUUAGCCGAGCCUUCCAUCUUACUCGACAUCAGCAGAUCCAUACUCGGAAGCACUAUGAAUGUGCCAAAUGUAAGGUGACCUUCCGCUUGAGUAAACAUCUCAUCCAACAUCAGAAGACUCAUGCUAUAAAAACUACCUCCAAGUGUCAGAAAUGUGGGAAGGGCUUUAAGUGCAGUGCAUCACUCAUCCAACACCAGUCUGUCCAUACUGGAGAGAAGCCUUACAAAUGUAAUGAAUGUGGGAAACUCUUCAGCCAUACCUCAACUCUAAAGAUCCAUCAGCGGGUUCACAGUGGGGAGAAACCUUACAAAUGUAGUGAGUGUGGGAGAGCCUUCUGCCGGAACACUCAUCUUAGUGAGCAUAAGAGAACACAUACAGGAUAUAGGCCCCACAAAUGCCCUGAGUGUGUCAAGAGUUUUAACCGGCCUUCACACCUGUUUCGACAUCAGUUGACUCAUACCACAGACAAACCCUACAGCUGUGCUGACUGCAAGAAAACCUUCAGCCAUAAUGAACACCUCAUUCAGCACCAGAAAAUUCAUACUGUAGAAACACCCUAUGAAUGUCAGCAGUGUGGAGAACGCUUCAUUUGCAGCUCAACCCUCAAUUGCCACCGGAGUGUUCAUACUAGAAAUAAACAGCUAUUGGAUGAGAAUCAGAACUCAGAACAUGUAGCGCCCCCAAGGAUUGAAGAGAAGCUCUACAAGUGUAACCAAUGUGAGAAGGUCUUUAGCCGCAGCAAAUACCUAAAUCAGCAUCAGAGGGUUCACACCAGGCUGAAGCCUUUUGAGUGUAACCAGUGUGGGAAAGCUUUUAGUGAAAAUAGCAAGCUUAUUCGCCAUCAGAACAUUCAUUCUAGAGCUAAGCCCUAUGAAUGUGAUGAAUGUGGGAAAACCUUUAGCCGCAGCCGGUCCUUCACUGAGCAUCAGGCCACGCACACAAGUGAGUACCUGUUGAAAUGUAAUGAGUGUGGACAGACCUUCAGCCAAAGAACACAUCUUUUGGAACACCAGUUAGUUCACACUGGAGAGAAACCCUUCAAAUGUUACAAGUGUGAGAAAGUCUUCACCCAGAUAAAUUACCUCAUUCAGCAUCAAAGAAUUCAUACCGGAAAGAAACCCUUUAAAUGUAACGAGUGUGGCAAAACUUUCCGCCAAAGCUCAUGCCUUUCCAAACAUCACAGAGUUCACACAGGUGAGAAACCCUACAAAUGUAGUGACUGUGGGAAAACGUUCAGCUUGAGGGCCCAACUUAUUCGACAUCAGAGAGUUCACACUGGAGAAAAGCCUUACCAUUGUAAGGAAUGUGGGAAAGGCUUCAGCCAGAGCUCUUGCCUUUCAAUUCACCAGAGAAUCCACACUGGAGAGAAGCCCUAUGUAUGUGCUGAAUGUGGGAAAGCCUUUGCCCAGAAAACAAAUCUCACACAACAUGAGAGGAUUCACACUGGUGCAAAGCCUUAUGCUUGUGAUGUGUGUGGCAGAGCCUUUGGUUUCAGUGCCCAUCUUACUCAGCACCAGCGAAUUCACACCCAAGAAAAACCUUAUCAGUGUCGACAUUGUCAGAAAACCUUUAGAUGCUGCUCAGGCCUCACCCGACACCAGCGAAUUCAUACUCAAAACAAAUAG